AUGACAAGCAGCCAAACGUCCGUGGAGAUCUUUCUGGAGUUCAGAGACUUGGCCCGUCGAAUGGCUACCUUCGUUGGGGCGGAUGUAAUAGCCGAAAACUACCGCCCCAACUACCGAUCCUGGAUGUCACUGACGGCAACGACGACCUACAUGGUCACCAUUCCGUACACGAUCUGGUACUACUACCCGGAUUAUAUCUUUAUCCUGCAAUCGUUGGCCAUUAUUGGUAUUGGCGUGCAAGGAUUUUUCAAGUUUUACAGCGCUCUAGUUCAUCGGAAGUUUUUCCAAGGCCGCAUAAAGUACCUGGAAGACUUUCACCGACAACAGACAAAUCAUCCGUGGAACCGAAUCAUCCUGAGGGAUUUGAUGAGAAACAGUUUUCUAGUUGGAAAAUUUCUAAUAGCAACAUAUCUGAGUGCAGCCUUCGGAUUCGCACUGUACCCCAUUUAUAUCUAUGUGGUUUAUGGCGAGAGAGUCUUGCCUUUAACCGCACUUCUCCCGGGGAUAAAUGCGGAUUCCCAUACGGGAUACUUUCUAACUCUUGGCUUUCAGCUGUUCGUACUUGGGCUGGGAUUGAGCGGUAUGUCCGCGGCAGACUUAGCAAUUUUACUUUUCGUCGUUAAUUUGGCAGCACUGGUUGACGUCUUCAAAGGUAGUCUCCAAGAAUUGAACGUGCUUCUGGAAGCUCCAAUCCGGGACGAGCAAGCAAUCCGUAAGAAAACGAGAGACAUCUUCUUAGAACAUGGUUCAAUUGAGAAUUACGAAUCGGAGCUGGAUGAGCGAUAUUUUUUCAUCAACUUCAUACAAAUCGUCUCUGCUGUUUCUUGCAUGAGUAUUUCGCUAUUUCUCUGCUACACGACCAACUAUUUACCGGGCUAUGCAUUUCUAGUUGGAGCUUUUUUCCAGUUGCUAGAGUUUUGUUUGCUGGGAACAAUCUUCACAGUCAAAAACAAUCACAUGAUAGACGCCAUCUACGAUGUCAAGUGGUAUCUAUUGCCACUGAAGGAACGUCGAGAGUGGAACUUCCUGCUUCACAAAAGCCAGAAUGCCAUUGAUCUCACCGUUGGAGGGUUUUCGAAGCUUAACUUGGAAACUUUCGUUGCGAUCAUCAACACCAUCUAUCAGUACUUUGCAAUACUGAUCAAUUUUGUGGAAAACUGA